GGCUCACGCCCCGCCCCGCCGGCUCCUCCUCAAGCUGGGAGGGACGUGCCGGGGUCGCGGCCCUCAGCAGUAGCCGGAAGUGGGAGGUGACUCCCGGCGCGAGCUGGGGCCGGGGCUCCUGCUCCUCCCGCCAUGCUGUCCGGGUGCAGGCGGGCGCUGCCGGCCGCCCUGCGCCUCGCGGUGCGGGGCUGGACAGGGGGCGGCGGCAGCAGGCGGGUCAGCACCAGCUGGUCCCCGGUGGGCGCCGCCUUCGAUGCCAAGCAGCAGCAGCGCAGCCGGCUGACGGGCCAGAGCACGGGUCUAUUUGGUGUUCCAGAAUUGAGUUCUCCAGAAGGAUUUCAAGAGGCACAAGAAAAAGCAUUACAAGAAACUGAACAGCUAGUCCAGAAAGCAUGUACUACACCUCCUGGGCCACAGACAGUAAUGAUUUUUGAUCAGCUUUCAGAUGCAUUGUGCAGAGUAGCAGACUUGGCUGACUUCGUGAAAAUUGCCCACCCUGACUUUGCAUUCAGAGAGGCUGCUGAAGAAGCCUGCAGAAACAUUGGUACCAUGGUAGAAAAGUUAAAUACAAAUAUCGAGCUGUGCCAAAGUUUGAAACAGUUGCUGGCUAAUAAAGGGGUUAUGGAUUCCCUAGAUCCAGAAACCAGGCAAGUGGCAGAACUUUUUAUGUUUGAUUUCGAGAUCAGUGGUAUUCAUUUGGAUGAAGAAAAGCGUAAAAGAGCAGUGGACCUCAACAUCAAAAUAUUGGAUUUAUGUAAUCAAUUUCUUAUUGGAGCUCACCUGCCCAACAAGAUUGACAAACACAUUUUACCAGAACACAUUCGCUAUAACUUUGCAGUUGAAGGCAAUUACGUACAAAUCGCCGGUCUGCAUGCAGACUGUUCCGAUGAUCUGGUACGAGAAGCUGCUUAUAAGAUUUUUCUUUACCCAAAUGCUGAGCAACUGCGCUGCUUAGAGGAACUGCUUACCAGCAGAAACCAUCUGGCACAGUUAGUUGGCUAUAAUACCUUUGCCCACAGGGCUCUUCAGGGAACAAUGGCCAGAACUCCAGAGAAGGUAAUGCAAUUUCUUGAGACGCUUUCUAACAGAUUGUUUCAACGAACUCUAAAAGAUUUUGAAAUGAUGGAAGGGAUGAAGAUGAAACUAAAUCCCCAAAAUUCAAAAUUGAUGCCUUGGGAUCAUCCCUAUUACAGUGGUGUCCUGCGUGCUGAAAGGUAUAACAUCGAGCCCAGUUUGUACUGUCCAUUUUUCUCUCUUGGGGCAUGUAUGGAAGGUCUGAACUUCUUGUUCAAUCAGCUCCUAGGAAUCUCUCUCUAUGCAGAGCAAACUGAGAAAGGAGAGCUCUGGUGUGAAGAUGUUCGCAAACUGGCAGUUGUCCAUGAAAAUGAGGGUUUACUGGGGUACAUCUACUGUGACUUCUUCCAACGAGCAGACAAACCACAUCAGGACUGUCACUUUACAAUUCGUGGAGGCAGGUUAAGGGAAGAUGGAGAAUACCAGCUCCCUGUUGUUGUUCUUAUGCUGAGUCUGCCCCAUUCGACUAGGAGUUCACCCACUUUACUAACCCCUGGCAUGAUGGAGAAUCUGUUCCAUGAAAUGGGACAUGCUAUGCAUUCCAUGCUGGGACGAACUCGGUACCAACAUGUCACUGGGACCAGAUGUCCUACUGAUUUUGCUGAAGUUCCCUCUAUCCUGAUGGAGUAUUUUGCAAGUGACUAUCGAGUGGUUAAUCAGUUUGCAAGGCAUUAUCAGACUGGCCAGUCACUGCCAAAAAGCAUGGUGUCACGACUCUGCGAAUCUAAAAAGAUUUGUGCUGCAGCUGAUAUGCAACUUCAGGUCUUUUAUGCUGUCUUGGACCAACUCUACCAUGGGGAACAUCCUCUAAAGAGGUCAACCACAGAAAUUUUAAAGGAAACCCAGGAGAAAUUUUAUGGAUUACCAUAUGUACCAAACACUGCCUGGCAACUGAGAUUUAGCCAUCUUGUGGGAUACGGUGCCAAGUACUACUCCUACCUCAUGUCCAGGGCCAUUGCCUCCAUGGUAUGGAAACAGUGUUUUGUGAAGAACCCAUUUGACAGGGCAAUGGGUGAGCGUUAUCGCAGAGAGAUGCUGGCACAUGGUGGUGGAAAAGAGCCCAUGCUCAUGGUUCAAGGUAUGCUUCAGAAGUCUCCUUCUGUUGAAGACUUUGUGGGCGCCCUUGUUUCAGAUUUGGAUCAGGACUUUGAAACGUUCUUCAUGGACUCAGAAUAACAUGGAACUGAACUGAUUGUUUUUAUAGAGGACUAUACCAGUCUUAACAAUGAUGGACAUAGUACUGCCGUGGCUAUUUGUUUCUGCUUCUCAAUGAACAGUUGUGAAACAACAAAUAAAAAUUAUUAUUUGUAGAAUCUUUAAAUAAAUAAUGUGUUUUAAUGGA